ACGCCCCCGCGGCCAUCGCCGCCGCAGCCAGUGCUCGGAUCGGCAACCCACCCAGCCAGCCAGCCAUGGAUAAGGGCGCGCUGGUGUCUCCGGCCCAGGCCUUCUGCGGCGACGAGGGCUCGUUCUCCAGCCUGCGCGCGUACGGCCGCGCGCUGGCGCAGACGCCGCGGCGGCUGGCGGCGCGCGCGUGCGCCGCGGCGUCGCCCGGCGAGGAGAUGAGCCGCGUGCGGGCGCGGUCCGGGGCCGACAUGGCCAGGGCGCUGCGGUGGCCGGACCUCGUCGGGCUCGGCCUCGGCGGGAUGGUGGGUGCCGGGGUGUUCGUCACCACGGGGCGCGCCACCAGGCUCUACGCCGGGCCGGCCGUCGUGGUGUCGUACGCCAUUGCCGGCCUCUGCGCACUCCUCUCCGCCUUCUGCUACACCGAGUUCGCCGUCGACAUGCCCGUCGCCGGCGGCGCCUUCAGCUACCUCCGCGUCACCUUCGGGGAGCUGGCGGCGUUCCUGACGGGGGCGAACCUGAUCAUGGAGUACGUCUUCUCCAACGCCGCCGUGGCGCGCAGCUUCACGGCGUACCUGGGCACGGCGGUCGGCGUCGACGCGCCGAGCAAGUGGCGGAUCGCCGUGCCGGGCCUCCCCAAGGGCUUCAACGAGGUCGACCUCGUCGCCGUCGGCGUCAUCCUCCUCAUCACCGUCUGCAUCUGCUACAGCACGAAGGAGAGCUCGUCGGUGAACAUGGCAUUGACGGCGGUGCACGUGGCGUUCAUCCUGUUCGUGAUCGUGAUGGGGUUCUGGCGCGGCGACGCGCGGAACCUGACGACGCCGGCGGACCCGGGGCGCAACCCGGGCGGGUUCUUCCCGCACGGCGCCGCCGGCGUGUUCAACGGCGCGGCCAUGGUGUACCUGAGCUACAUCGGGUACGACGCCGUGUCCACCAUGGCCGAGGAGGUGGAGCGGCCGUCGCGGGACAUCCCCGUCGGCGUCUCCGGCUCCGUCGUGCUCGUCACGCUGCUCUACUGCCUCAUGGCCGCCUCCAUGUCCAUGCUCCUCCCCUACGACGCGAUAGACACGGAGGCGCCGUUCUCCGGGGCGUUCAAGGGGAGCUCCGGGUGGGGGUGGGUGUCGAACGUGAUCGGCGGCGGCGCCAGCCUCGGCAUCCUGACGUCGCUGAUGGUGGCGAUGCUGGGGCAGGCCAGGUACCUCUGCGUCAUCGGCCGCUCCGGCGUCAUGCCGGCCUGGCUCGCCCGGGUGCACCCCGCCACCGCCACCCCCAUCAACGCCUCUGCCUUCCUCGGUGUCUUCACGGCGGCGCUGGCGCUGUUCACGGAGCUGGACAUCCUCCUCAACCUCGUCUGCAUCGGCACGCUCUUCGUCUUCUACAUGGUGGCCAACGCCGUCGUCUACCGGCGGUACGCCGCCGGCCCGUCCUCCUCGCGCCGGACGCUGGCGUUCCUGCUCGCCUUCUCCCUCGCCGCGCUCUGCUUCACGCUGCUGUGGAAGCUGGCGCCGCACGGCGGGGCCAGGACGGGGCUGCUCGUGGCGUGCGGCGCCGUGGCCGUGGCCGCCGUCGGCGCGUUCCAGGUCCUGGUGCCGCAGGCGCACCGGCCGGAGCUGUGGGGCGUCCCGGCCAUGCCGUGGGUGCCGGCGGCGUCCGUGUUCCUCAACGUCUUCCUCCUCGGCUCGCUCGACCGCCCCUCCUACGUCCGCUUCGGCUUCUUCACCGCCGCCGCGCUGCUGGUCUACGUGCUCUACAGCGUGCACGCCAGCUACGACGCCGAGGAGGGCGGCGAGGCCGCGGCGCUCGACGGCGCCAAGGUGCUCGACGAUGACUGCAAGGUGUAGCUUUGGCUGGCUAGCUAGGGUUGGGUGGCUGACAUGUAGGGACAGCUGGUUAAGUGUAUCUAGUAUUCUUUUCUCUUCUUCUUUUUCUUUUUCUUUUUUGCUGUAGUAUUUCAGGUUCAAAGUAUUUUUUUUAUGGUGCAAAGAAAUUCAAGAAGCUAACAAGGUGACAUGAAAAAAAGGAAAUAGACAAGUGAGACAGAAAAAUGAAGAGCGAUAUGUAACUGGAUCUUUCAAUAUGCAACGUGCAAAAUCCCCUUGAGAAAA